AUGGUGCGCCUAGGGAACAAUCUCAACCUGCAGCUGGAACCACCCGAUGGUGUCAAUACACCGCGAGUGUCACCAAGGCGAAGGCGAGCGGUAACGACCAGCGACCACAAGAGCUGUGCAUUAAUUCAAACAAGACUGAAACUAGGAGACAUCAUGUUAGCAGCGGCUCAAGAAGCGGCGCUCGCAGGUCAGACCUCGAACGGGGCUCAGUUUGGACGCAAAGGAGGCCACUAUUUAGCUGAUAGAAUGGGUGGCCCCAGCAGUCAAGGGGGUCAGCCUCUGGCUGGAGGCGGACCCACCUCGUUAUUUAUUUUAUCAGAGGACAACAUCAUUAGAAAAUACACACGAUUCAUAAUUGAAUGGCCUCCGUUCGAGUACGCGGUGCUGCUGACAAUCAUUGCCAAUUGCGUGGUAUUGGCUCUGGAGGAGCACUUACCUCAUGGAGACAAGACGAUACUUGCUCAGAAGCUGGAAAAAACGGAAGCAUAUUUUUUGGGCAUCUUUUGCGUCGAAGCAUCACUGAAGAUCCUCGCCUUAGGGUUUGUUAUGCACAAACACUCCUACCUCAGGAACAUAUGGAACAUAAUGGAUUUUUUCGUCGUAGUUACGGGAUUCAUCACAUUGUUCCCCCAAAAGGGACCGGAAGUAGAUCUGAGAACACUAAGGGCGAUCCGUGUGUUAAGGCCCUUAAAAUUAGUUUCUGGAAUUCCUAGUUUACAAGUAGUCUUAAAAUCAAUCAUCAAAGCCAUGGCGCCAUUGCUGCAGAUAGGAUUGUUGGUCUUGUUUGCAAUUGUUAUCUUUGCAAUCAUAGGCUUAGAGUUUUACUCCGGCGCACUGCACAGGAGUUGUUAUAGCUUAGAGGAUAUCUCUCAAAUAGUGAAGGAGGGCGAAUUCCCGACGCCCUGCAAUGCAGAUAACGAUACGAUAGCACCGACCGGUGCGUACGUCUGCAAUAGCAGUGACAGCACGUGCAUUGAGCAGUGGGAAGGCCCCAACUUUGGCAUUACCAGCUUCGAUAAUAUCGGUUUCGCCAUGUUGACCGUGUUCCAGUGCAUCACCAUGGAGGGUUGGACGGCGAUACUGUAUUGGACGAACGAUGCGCUCGGUUCGACGUUUAACUGGAUCUACUUUGUGCCGCUCAUCGUGCUCGGGUCCUUUUUCAUGCUUAACCUAGUGCUCGGUGUGCUCAGCGGAGAGUUUGCAAAGGAGAGGGAAAAAGUAGAAAACCGCCAAGAGUUUCUGAAGCUACGUAGGCAACAGCAGCUAGAAAAAGAGCUAAACGGCUACGUCGAGUGGAUUUGUAAAGCGGAGGAGGUAAUCCUGGCCGAAGAGCGCACCACCGAGGAGGAACGGUUGCACAUUAUGGAAGCUCGAAGGCGUGCUGCGGCCAAGCGGAAAAAGCUGAAAAACCUCGGCAAAUCCAAAUCGACCGACACCGAGGAGGACGAUCCGGAUGAUGAUUGUGGCGAUGACGGAUACCUUAAAGCCAAAGUGAAAACACAAGGAAAGUGUAAAGGAUUCUGGCGAGCGGAGAAGCGAUUCCGGUUCUGGAUCAGACACACGGUGAAAACACAAUGGUUCUACUGGUUCGUCAUAGUGCUGGUGUUUUUCAACACCGUCUGUGUGGCUGUCGAACACUACGGACAGCCAAACUGGUUAACACAGUUUUUGUACUACGCGGAGUACGUGUUCCUCGGACUGUUCAUGAUGGAGAUGUGGAUCAAGAUGUAUGCCCUAGGGCCACGGAUAUAUUUCGAGUCAUCAUUCAACCGCUUCGAUUGUGUUGUCAUCAGUGGCUCGAUAUUCGAGGUAGUGUGGUCUGAAGUGAAGGGAGGAUCGUUCGGUUUGUCUGUGCUGAGAGCGCUUCGAUUGUUGCGAAUAUUCAAGGUCACAAAAUACUGGUCCUCACUACGCAAUCUCGUCAUCUCGCUGCUCAACUCAAUGAGAUCCAUCAUUUCAUUGCUGUUCUUGUUGUUCCUGUUCAUACUGAUCUUCGCACUGCUCGGCAUGCAACUGUUCGGUGGACAGUUCAAUCUGCCCGACGGUACACCGCCAACCAACUUUAACACAUUCCCAAUCGCACUGCUAACCGUGUUCCAGAUCCUGACCGGCGAAGAUUGGAACGAAGUGAUGUAUCAGGGCAUUGAGUCACAGGGUGGCCACAAGAAGGGUAUGAUCUACUCGCUCUACUUCAUCAUCCUCGUGCUGUUUGGCAACUACACACUGCUAAACGUAUUCUUGGCUAUCGCUGUCGACAAUUUGGCCAAUGCACAAGAGCUAACUGCUGCCGAGGAGGAACAGCUGGAGGAGAACAAAGAGAAGCAGCAGAUGGAGCUGGACAAGGAGAUGGAAGCGUUGCAAAUGCAAACGGAUGGGUCACCGCCCCGCGUUGAAGUGUCGUCUCCAUCGCCUACGAGAGGGAACGGAAGCAGUGGUAGCUCGAAGGGGAAGAAAAAGGAGGAAGACAAGGAGGACGACGAUGACGAGAUCCCGGACGGGCCGAAGCCGAUGCUGCCAUACUCGUCGAUGUUUGUGCUGUCACCUACUAAUCCUAUUCGCUGUGCAGCUCAUUGGGUAGUGAAUCUACGCUACUUUGACUUCUUCAUCAUGGUCGUCAUCUCACUGUCAUCGAUUGCACUAGCCGCCGAAGAUCCGGUGGAGGAAGAUUCACCCCGUAACAAAAUUCUCAACUUCUUCGAUUACGCAUUCACCGGUGUGUUUACGAUCGAAAUGUUGCUAAAGAUAGUCGAUUUGGGUGUGAUACUGCAUCCGGGGAGUUAUCUGCGCGAGUUCUGGAACAUAAUGGACGCCGUCGUCGUUAUCUGUGCUGCCGUCAGCUUCGGCUUUGACAUGACCGGCAGCAGUGCCGGUCAGAACCUUUCCACAAUCAAAUCUUUACGGGUGUUGCGCGUGCUGCGUCCGCUGAAAACAAUCAAACGUGUGCCAAAGCUGAAGGCAGUGUUUGAUUGUGUCGUCAACUCGCUCAAGAACGUGAUCAACAUCCUGAUCGUGUACAUACUGUUUCAGUUCAUCUUCGCCGUCAUCGCGGUGCAGCUGUUCAAUGGGAAGUUUUUCUACUGUACCGACGAUAGCAAGCAUACGAGCGAAGAGUGCAAAGGACACUUUUUCGUGUACGAUGGUGCUGAUCAACUGCCACGAAGAGAACCGAGAGAGUGGAAGACACAAAGCUUUCACUACGACAAUGUGGCGACCGCCAUGUUGACACUGUUCGCCGUACAAACGGGCGAAGGAUGGCCUCAAGUGCUGCAAAACUCGAUGGCCGCUACCUACGAAGACAAGGGUCCAAUCCAAAACUUUCGCAUAGAAAUGUCCAUAUUCUACAUAGUGUACUUCAUAGUGUUUCCAUUCUUCUUUGUUAACAUAUUCGUGGCCUUGAUUAUCAUUACAUUCCAAGAGCAAGGUGAAGCGGAACUACAGGACGGUGAGAUAGAUAAAAACCAGAAAUCGUGCAUAGACUUUACGAUAGGUGCUAGGCCUCUAGAGCGUUACAUGCCUAACAAGCGGAAUAGUUUUAAGUACAAGGUGUGGCGCAUCGUCGUCUCGACACCGUUCGAGUACUUCAUAAUGAUGCUUAUCGUGUUCAAUACGUUACUGCUGAUGAUGAAGUAUCACAAUCAAGGAAAAGAGUUUGAGAAAUCGUUAAAAUAUCUCAACAUGGGCUUUACCGGGAUGUUUAGUGUUGAAACGAUACUGAAAAUCAUAGGAUUUGGCGUAAAGAAUUUUUUCAAGGACCCUUGGAACAUAUUCGAUUUUAUAACAGUAAUCGGAAGUAUUAUCGACGCUUUAGUUCUAGAAUUAGGGGAAAACUCCUUCAACGUUGGAUUCCUAAGACUGUUUCGUGCCGCACGAUUAAUCAAACUACUGCGACAAGGUUAUACAAUACGUAUAUUACUUUGGACAUUUGUUCAAUCAUUCAAAGCACUGCCAUAUGUCUGUUUGCUGAUUGCCAUGCUAUUUUUUAUCUACGCAAUUAUUGGCAUGCAGGUAUUUGGGAAUAUUGAGCUAGAUCCUGAAUCAUCUAUUACUAGACACAACAACUUCCGCUCAUUUGUCCAAGGGCUGAUGCUACUGUUCAGGUGUGCUACGGGCGAGUCGUGGCCGAACAUUAUGCUGGCAUGUCUCAAAGGGAGACCGUGUGACCCGAGAGCUAACAAACCGAACGAAACGUGCGGUUCGACACUGGCCUACGCAUAUUUCGUGUCGUUUAUCUUCUUCUGUUCGUUUCUUAUGUUGAACUUGUUCGUUGCUGUCAUUAUGGACAACUUUGACUAUCUAACACGUGAUUCCAGUAUUCUUGGCGCACAUCAUCUGGACGAGUUCGUUCGGAUAUGGGCGGAAUAUGAUCCUAAUGCUACGGGUAAAAUUCACUACACUGAAAUGUAUGAUAUGUUGAAAAACAUGGAUCCUCCCUUGGGAUUUGGUAACAAAUGUCCCAACCGACUCGCCUACAAAAAGCUCAUACGCAUGAACAUGCCGCUCGAUGCAGAGGGAAAGGUCGCGUUCACCACGACGCUGUUCGCAUUGAUACGGGAAAAUCUUAACAUCAAAAUGAGAACUGCCGAAGAGAUGGAUCAAGCCGACAUGGAACUGCGGCACACAAUCAGCCACAUCUGGCCGCUGCAGGCGAAAAAGAUGCUUGAUCUGCUCGUGCCACUGAACGAGGAGCUUAAUGCCGGCAAGCUUACCGUGGGAAAGAUAUAUGCCGGGCUGCUGAUACUGGAGUCCUGGCGCAACACCAAGUUUGGCCAGGUCGAAUCGGAUCUACCGGGAAAUGAAGCAAGCAUUAAUAGCCCAACGGCCCGACAGCCGAAACCGUCCCUGUUCAGUACGAUCCUGGAUAUGGCCGUGAUGGAGAAGUCGGGUGGUUCGCGUACCGGGUCGCUAAGCCUUGAGAACGGCGAAGGAGUCAGCUCGCAGACCCACCUGCUCUAUGGUCACGGUGCCAACGGGAACGGUGCGACCGGCGACGGCAGUGGUGGCGGUGUUGGUGGUGUUGGUGGUGGUCUUGGUGCCGGCCUGGGAGGCGGUCACGACAGCACACUGGACCUGCAUGGCAGUAGUUUGGCCAGUCUGGCACGCCGCACCACAAUGCGCAAGCGGUCCUUCAGAAGUAGUGCAAUGCUAGAGCUGCAGGAUGUGUCGAGACAACCGUCCCUAGAGUCGCUGGCACCUGCGGAUGGACAUCUGCAUCCGGGACACGCCUAUCACAAUGGGCAUCGACGAUCGCCGAGCUUGAGACGCGAGUCUCCGCUGGUGCGCACACCGAGUCCACGGAAGCGACACCAUCAGCACGAGAUCGGUUUCUCCGACACCGUGUCGAAUGUGGUGGAGAUACAAAAGGAGGAACACAGACGUGGUAGGCAUCAUUUCGGCUAUGCGCACAGGCACAACCGAGGUUCCUGGUCAGCCUCAACCAGCCCCGCCCGUUCGCCGUCGCCCAAUCGUUUCGGUGUACAUAGUAGUGCCCAGCAUCGCAGUAGUAAAGACCGUUCCAAAAACCACCUUGUCCAUCAACCGUACGAUACGACGAUCCUCUGCGAACGGUCGCGUUCGCCCAGCCCGGCCCAGCUACUGCAAGAGCUGCGUGACCGGGACCAGGCCCGGCGGAAGUACCGCAACGGAAUGGGUUCUUCUGGGUCUCAUGUGCAGCAUAGCUAUCCUGUGCUUGUGACGCGCCGUCAAGGUCACGGACGUCGGUUACCGCCCACACCUUGCAAACCUUCGACGUUGCAGCUGAAGCAAACGAACAUCAACUUCCCCAAGUUGAAUGCAAGUCCUACGCACACUGGUCAUUCCUCCCACAACACGCCCCACAGUGUGCACUCUCUGCCUCAGUCGCGUGAGUUUCUUCGAGAGCCUCGAGAACGCGACCGGGACCGAGAUCGUGAUCUAUACUACCGUGAACGGGACCGCGAACGAGAUCGUGAACGGUUCCGGAAUAGUCGCGAACGAAGCCAUGAAGACUACAGCGUCCGGUACGAGUUCCGAGAUCGAGAGCGGGAGCUGUACGAGCGCGAACGGGAAAUAGAGCGUGAGUUUGAGCGCGAGUACGAAAGAAUGGAACACUCGGUACCCUUAUCGUACGAGCAAGCACUAGCAAUGGGACGCACCGGAGGUCGUGUACUACCGUCGCCCAUUUUGAAUGGCUACAAACCAAAGGGAGCACUCCAUUCUAGACAUUCCGAUUCGGACGACGAAGACUGGUGCUAGCAUAGGGUGCGAAGACGGCAGGGUGAACGCAAACGGCGAGAACAAAUAUGG